CACACACUGGCGUGGUGCUCUCGUGGUGGGCGGUGGAUGCGUGAGACGCGGGAGCUAGAGGCUACCUGAGCCAGCAGCAUGCCGGCACAUUAUCUGGCAGUUGCCUUUCAGGGCUCGAUCCUGGCCGAGUUUACUGAAUCUCAGGGCAACUUUGUGACCAUUGUGACAACCUUUAUUGCCAAUCUGGGCGCGCAGCCGGGCAAGCGGGUGUACCGCAGCGAUGAGGGUGCGGUGCGACAUCUCUACUGCGUGCUGGAGCAGGAUCAGGUGCAGUUUGUGUGUUUCGCAGAGGCGGGUACGCCGCAUGCUGCCAUCUUUGACGGGUUGGAGCGUGUAGCGGCCCGUUUUGCAGCUACCUUUGCCAACCAGCGAACUCGCCCCGCCUACUCGCUGAACAACGAGCUGGAGCCGCUCCUGCGCCGUGAGCUGGGACACAUUAACGCUGCACGGUCCGAUACAGACGCAUUACAGUCUACCCGUGCUCAGGUUGACGAAGUGCGUGGCAUUUUGGUUCAAAACAUUGAUAAGGUUUUGCAGCGCGGUGAGGCCCUGGAUGCCCUCGUCGACAAGGCCGAGGAGCUGGAGUUUAACGCAGAUCGCUUCCGCCACAACGCCACCCGUUUGAAGCGUCAGAUGUGGUGGAAGAACAUCAAGUGGCAAAUCGUUCUCUUUCUCGUCUUUGUGGUAGUGAUCAUCGCCAUCCUGGGCAUUGCUGGUGUCUUCAAGAAGAAAAAACACUCCGGCUCGAAGGAUACCACCACCACCACCACCACCACAACCAGCGCGCCUUAG